GCAAUUUUACGGAUAUAAAGCAUGAGUUCAGGAUUUGUGACUGAAGCUGAGGCCGCCGAGCAGCGGCAAAGACGUCAGGAGGAAUGGGAGCGUGUGCGUCAGCCGGAGGAUCCACUGGAGAGGCCGGAGGAGCCCUACGACGCACGUUCCUUGUACGAACGCCUUAAACAGAAUAAAGACAAAAAGGACAUGGAGUACGAGGAGGCCCACAAGUUAAAAAACCUUAUUCGAGGCCUGGACGAUGAUGAGGUGCAGUUCCUGGAGCUGGUCGAUGCGCACAAGAUGAAUGCGGAGCGGCAGCAGAUGCGCGAUGAGGAGCUGGAGCUGAAGGAUUUUCGUAAUCGCGUGGAGAAGCUGCAGGAGGAGAGUGUGGAUAAGAAACUCCAGGCAGAGCUUAAAACCACGGCCAAAUCCGCUGGAGCCUCGGCCGGGCGUAACAGCCAAAAGUCGCUGCUGGGCCAGGGCAUCAAGCGGAAAAACGGGGAACUGCCCACCACCAGCAAAGUGGCCAAGAUAGCCGACGACGAGGUAGUGCCCAGCGCUACAGAGGCGGAGUCCAAAGACCCAUCGGAGAAGACAACAACGAACACCACGCUGACCACAAAUAAAUACGAUCAGGGAGCCCUUAAAUGCAUUGCCGUGUUGCCGGGCAUUGGUUCCUACACAGAAUCCAGUGACUCGGAGGCCAGCACGGAUGAUGAGGAGCCCGUGGACCUGUGCAGCCGGACCGACUUGUGUGGCCGUAAAAUUCCCAAGAAGAAGCAGUGCACCGAAUAGGAUCAGCACUUUUUAUUUGGAUUCUUAAUAUGUAGUUUCUUUCCUUGCAAGAGAAUAUAGCCUAUAGAGUGUAAACGUAA